AUGGCUCUAGAUGAGUAUGGCAAGACAAAUAGGAAGGGAAAGAAAAGAAAUUCCAGAGCAUCUCGUAGGGGAGGGCGCGUUACGACAGGACGAGUGAGGAACGUUCGGAAUGCACCUUACGAACUGCAGCGUCCCCCGAAAGGCAAUAUCGAUGAGCAAUGGUCUCAUGAUCUUUUCGAGGAUGCUCGUUCGAAAGAUGGCCGCCAAAAUUUUCGUCGAACAUCAUCAAAUUCUAACAAUAAUGCGAAAUUGAUUGUUGAAAAUUUAUUUUAUGAAGUGACGGAAGAUGACCUUGAGGAACUAUUUUCUGAGUGUGGCUCUGUCAAGAAAGUUAUUUUGCAUUAUGAUCGUGCUGGACGAAGUACGGGUAACGCAGAAGUUACAUUUGAAGACCCAAAAGAUGCAGAAACAGCACUUAGAAAAUAUAAUGGACAGACUCUUGAUG